CGUGGGGGGGGCAGAGAAGCGAAGUGGGAAACGUUGGGAGUUCAAUCUGGGUUCCCAUGGCUGAGCCGGGCGGUUCAUCCCAUCUCCGGCGGGAGUCUCCUCGCUUCUUGCUGCUGUUAGCCCCGCUGCUCAUCUUCCUCCUGCUGCCCUCCUGGGUCCGGGGCGGUCGCUACGACCCCACCUGGGAGUCUCUGGAUUCCCGGCCCCUUCCGCCCUGGUUCGAUGAAGCCAAGUUUGGGAUUUUCAUCCACUGGGGUAUUUUUUCCGUGCCAAGUUUCGGCAGCGAGUGGUUUUGGUGGUAUUGGCAAGCAGAAAAGAAGGAACCUUAUGUAACUUUUAUGAAGAAAAACUACCCUCCUGGAUUCACUUACGAAGAUUUCGGCCCUAUGUUUACAGCUGAGUUCUUUGAUGCCAACCAGUGGGCAAUUAUUCUGAGUGCUUCAGGUGCCAAAUACGUUGUCUUGACUUCAAAACAUCAUGAAGGUUUUACUCUGUGGGGGUCGAAAUAUUCCUGGGCUUGGAACAGUGUGGAUGUGGGACCAAAACGGGACCUUGUGGAAGAGUUAGCUACAUCCAUUAGAAAACAGACAAGCUUACGUUUCGGGCUGUAUCAUUCAUUGUUUGAAUGGUUCAACCCUCUCUUCCUUGAUGAUGCUGCUAGCAAAUUCAAGAAACAACAGUUUCCAAAUGUCAAAACUCUCCCAGAGCUUUAUGAGAUUGUGAAGCGAUAUCAGCCAGAGAUUCUGUGGUCAGAUGGCGAUGGGAAUGCUCCAGAUACUUACUGGAACAGCACUGCCUUCCUAGCAUGGCUUUAUAAUGAGAGUCCUGUUCAGAAAACAGUUGUAACAAAUGAUCGCUGGGGAGCUGGCACAAUAUGCAAACACGGAGGUUUUUUCACUUGUGCAGAUCGAUACAGCCCUAAACAUCUUUUGUCCCAUAAGUGGGAAGACUGUAUGACAAUUGACAAAAAGUCUUGGGGAUACCGAAGGAAUGCACAAUUAAGUGAUUAUCUGACUAUUGAAGAUCUCAUACAGCAACUUGUAGAGACAGUAGCAUGUGGAGGAAAUCUUUUGGUGAAUAUUGGGCCCACCCAUGAUGGUCGCAUUCCUAUUAUAUUUGAAGAGCGUCUGAAGCAAAUGGGGACUUGGUUGGCAUUGAAUGGUGAAGCUGUUUUCAGCACUAAACCUUGGAGAGCCCAACAUGAUAGCAUAACACCAGGAGUCUGGUACACAUUCAAACCAAAGGAAAACAUUUUGUAUGCCAUUUUCCUUAAGUGGCCAACUUCCGGAACUCUGACGCUGGGUGAACCAAAAGCUAUUCUUGGGGAAACAAAGGUGAAACUAAUAGGAUAUGAAGAAUCAUUGCCCUGGAUUUCUAUGGGAGAAAAAGGAAUGAUGGUGGCUGCACCUCUGUUACCAUUCAAUAAAUAUCCCUAUCAGUGGGCCUGGACUCUACAGCUUAAUAAUGUACAGUAGUGACAGAAUCUUGCUCUGCUGAAUUUU